AUGCAUGGUAAUCUGCUGAUGCAGGAUGAGGCGGAUGAGAAAGAACUGUACUACAUUCCAAGUUCAAUACUUGACUACUAUUCAACCAUCAUGGAAAUUUUCUUCGAAGGCCGUUUGUUCCAUGAAAUUGCACUCAAGAAGUUCUUUACUACCAUACCAUCCAAAGAAGCAGACCCCAGUCGAGUCGAUCAAUUGUAUGGCAAAGGUGGACGUGGUGCAUGGCAUCAGAACUACAACGCAAAUCUUCUCAUGAUGCAUCCAAUCAAAUUCAGUUAUCUUGGUGAUCACAAAACACGACAAAUGUUUUGCGACUCUGUCGUGAUGGCAUUCUGGGAGAACCUUAUGGUCAUUGAUGCAACGAAACCGCUCCAUAACAAGCAAUUGUGA